GGCAACGUAGGACUGAUAUUCAAACCAAUUCGUAUUUUUCAACAGUCAACAUUCAACGGCGGGAUUCGAUGAGAAACGGCUGGAACUGAAACCGUUUCAAAUCACAGAAAUGACGACACCGUCAUCGGAACCCAUUUGUGUGAGGAACUCUCUUUUACAACAUAUUUUACUGGGGCGGAGGAAUCUUUUUGAUGGAGACAAGGAUCAGCGACAGCUUACAAAAGAUGGACUCAUAGAUGCUCUCUUGGUACUCUAUGAUGAGUGCAGCACUGACAUUACAAAAAAGGAUAUCCAUACCGUAAACUUUGUGGACAGAUAUCAACCAGUUGUAACCAAACUCAGGAAACUCAGAGUAAAUGUUGGUGAUUUUGAGCUGAGAAAAGUGAUUGGACGGGGUCAUUUUGGAGAAGUCCAUCUUGUCAAAGAAAAACAGACAGGAGAUGUCUAUGCAAUGAAAAUUAUAAAAAAAGCUGACACCCUUGCCAAACAAAAUAUUUCCUUUUAUGAAGAAGAGAAAGACAUCAUGGCAAAAGCAAAGUCAGAAUGGCUGACAGCAUUGCAUUGCUCCUUUCAAGAUCAGGAGAAUCUUUAUCUUGUAAUGGAAUUUCACCCAGGUGGGGAUUUACUGUCUUUAUUAAGCCGUCGUGACGGAACACUGGCAGAAGACGAAGCCCGUUUUUAUUUAGCGGAAAUGGUCCUUGCUUUACAUACCCUUCAUUCCAUGGGGUACGUCCACAGAGAUAUUAAACCUGAAAAUGUGCUGCUUGAUCGACUUGGACACAUGAAGUUGGCAGACUUUGGUUCGGCAGCCAAACUGGAUUCAUCAGGUUUCGUUCGAAGCGAAAUAGCCAUCGGAACGCCCGAAUAUAUCGCUCCUGAAGUUUUGCUUUCAAUGAAUAACGUUGGACACUUCGCUGGCGGUUAUGGAGUCGAAUGCGAUUAUUGGUCCUUGGGUAUUAUGGCAUAUGAAAUGGUGUACGGCUCUACACCGUUUGGAUCUGAGAAAAUGAGCACCACCUAUGGCAACAUCAUGAAUUUCAAAAACUCCUUCUCGUUUCCUUCGAAGGUAGUGAGUCCAGAAUUUAGCAACUUGAUAUCAGGCCUGCUCUGCGAUGCUGGAUCACGAUUGGGAUAUCAGAAAUUGAUCCACCAUCCAUUUUUUGCAAGCAUCGAUUGGAAUGCCUUGCGGGAAAAAUCGCCACCCUACGUACCGGUCAUAGUUGGUUUGGACGAUACUUCAAAUUUUGAGGACUUCGAUAGCGACUAUCUCAAAACCCCCUCGACCAUCAAUUUAAAGAAUGCGCAAUCCCCUAGUGGUAGAAAUUUACCUUUUAUUGGAUUCACUCAUGUUAAAGAAGGCAGUCUUGUCAGUCAAGCUGAAUCGACAGCUUCAUCCAUUGAGUUCAAAAAGAGGAUUACGGAACUAGAAGCUCAACUGAGUUCGAAGACUAAGGAAAUCUCUGAAUUGAGAAAACAGAAAAUUCAGCAGGAGCAUGACAAUAAGCAAUGGAAUAAAGACCUUCAAGACCAGAAAAUUGUUCGCCUGGAACAGCAACGUGACACUCUAGAAAAACAAUUGGCACGCGCGCAAAAGGAUGCCGACAACAACCGUCGAGUAUUAGAACUAGAAAAAUCUGAGCGACUAAAAAACGAAGCCAAAGUUGUAGAAAUGGUAAACGAUAUGAAACGUAACUGGGAAAAAAUUGCAGAAAAGAAUGAAAAUAAACUGCGCAACGAGGCUCAGGUAUGGAAACAAGCACUAACGGAAGCUGAAAACCAAUUGACCGAACAGAAAGAAAUUUUGAAAACUUCUCUAGCGGCCGUAGCCAAACUUGAGGGAGACUGCGAAAAUUGGAAAGCAAAGUCUACAAAAUACAAAGAGCUUGCUGCUCGUGGUCAUCGAAUGGGAGAAAAACGCGCCAGUAUUUGCAUACAACAAACGCCUCCAUCGAGCGACGCACUGAUACAAACUCAACUCCAACUUGAGCGAGAGAAAACUGCUAAAUCAGAGCUGUCGAAGAAAAUCCAAGAACUGGAAGAUCAAAUUCAGAAAUCAGAGGCCGAUUAUAACAAGCGACUCGAAUCAGAAGAGCGACGUUGGAUGUCACAGUUAAAUGAGCGAGAAUCUGAAUACCAAGAAAAAAUCAGUUAUUUGGAAGACAAAAUCCUUCAACAAAAGGAAAAUCGCAUUAAGGAAUUAGAAGGUAGUUUGAAAACGUAUUUGACCGAAUGUCAAAAGUUGCGAGAGAGGGCUGAUCAACUUCAGAGAAGUUUAGACGACACUCUUCAAUGGAAAACCGGCUUCGAAACCAGCUUCUCGAUUCGCGAAGGAGAAUUAGAGAGUAGAGUGAAGCAACUUGAAGCUGACUUACGAAGCGCGGCAGACAUGCGGCUGGAGCUACAAAAACAGGUUGCUGAGAUUUCGCUGAGAGAAACGAUGCACCUACAAAAGUAUGAAACCAUCGUUGUGGACAUGCGAGAAGCUGUUGAACGUCUGGAGCAGAAGAAUCAAGACCUCGUAGUUCAGCUCUCUAACCACGAGUCAGUUCAGUCAAACAAUCAAUCCGUUUUCCCUGAGCUGGAGGAAAGCAAACAGAAGAUUGUAUUUUUGGAAGGUCAAGUGGCUAAACUGGAACAGCAGCUUGAGAGAAGUCGUGAAAAUUUGACGCUUGAACGCGAAAAAUCGCGACAAACUCAGACGGAAUUGUAUAAGAAGGAAAAGGAGCUCAAUGAUGCCAAAAUCGAUCUGCGCAUCGCAAACCGCGAAACUAAAACCAGCGAAAACGAAAUCGCAAAGCUCAAGGAAGAUUCCAAGUUGUGGGAAGGGAAGUUGAAGGUUAAAGACGAAGAAAUCGAAUCCUUACGGAGCGACAUAGCGCAAGCAAAAAGCGAACUCACAGCUCUGCAAAAUCUUCUAACCGAAAAGGAAAAAGCGCACGCCGAUAACGAGAAAGACUUAGAAGAGGCCAAUAAAACCGCAAGUGCUGCUCGGGAGUUGCGCCGAGAACUUCAGUUCGUUAAGGACGAGAUGUCAAUCUGCCAACGUUUGAAAUCCACUUUGGAAUCUGAAGUGCAGAGAGCAGAAGAGAGAAUUUCAAGGUUGGUUGAAGAAAAGAAAGAAAUGCAAACACUUUUGCAGGAAGAGAAAAAGAAAGUUGAAGAAGGUGAGAAAAAUCUGAACAUACUUAAAGAAACAAUGACGCUGAUGGACGAGCAACUGCAGGAUUAUGAUAAUAUUGUCAAAGGAAUAGACACGAAACAAUCUCAGUUUGAAAAAGAAAAGACAGAGUUGUCACAGGAAAUAGAUCGUCUGAAACAAGAAGUUCGUAAGGCCAAGCAACAAGUUAAUGAAGAAAAGUCUUUGAAAUUAUUCACUGAGAGCCGACUGCGUGACGUGGAAUCGCGGCUCAAUAGUUGCGAGUCUGACACUGAAUCACGCAUCAGCCAACUUCAAAAGCAAACAUCUGAAAAUGCUAUUACAAUUAACGAAUUAAAUGCGCAAGUCAGUGAACUUGAUCAGCAGUUGGCUGAUUCCGAGAUGUCGGUGAAAAGCAUGGGGAGAAAAAUUGCAAUCCUCGACGAGGAGAAUAUUAAGCUUAAAGAAGAAUCAUCUGCCUUGCGAACUCAAUUGAUUUCAGUCAAGAAUUCCAAUGCGGUUUUAAGCGAAGGUUUGGAGCAGGCCAUCUCGAAAGCAGAAGGAUACAAAAACGACAUCAUCCGCUUGGAAGCUCAAAUUGAAACUACUCGUGUGAUGCACAACGAGCGGGAAUUGAAGUACGAAUCGACAAUUGCCCAACAAACCAAAUUGAUUGAUUUCCUGCAGGCAAAGGCAGAGCAACCAAAGAAAAAAUCGACUUUCACUGAUAAAAUCUUUGGAUCAAGCAAGAAGGAAAACCAACCAAGUAUUCCACUGGCAUACCGGGAGCUCGAAUCCAAUCUUGAGAAGAAGACGGCUCAAUGCCGUGCCCUGACUGAGCAACUGAACAAGUGCAAAGCUGAAUUGGCUGCUGCCAAGAAUGAUUAUUCUUCUAGAUCAUCUAGUGCCAAAGAUCUUACCAAAACGCCAACCGCGAGCCAUGAUGUCGUCAAAUGCCAAAUGGCAACACCGAGUAUUCCUCAUCGAACGUUAAGCCGUUUGACUCAGUCUCCUGGAACACAACAAUCUUCGCCAUCAACAAGCAGCAUCGGGUUGGCUAGCCAACGUAUGCACCACAACAUUCCCCAUCGUCUCCAGUCACAGAUGGUCAUGCGAGCAACCAAUUGUGCUGUCUGUCUAGAUUCGAUCCACUUUGGACGUCAAGUCUCGGUGUGUCAAGAUUGCGGAGCUUCUGCUCAUGCAAAGUGUGCUGCUCAUUUGCCAAGCACUUGCGGUCUGCCAGUGGGUUUAGCUGAACAUUUCGGCAACGUUUUUGGCCAGGAGGCAAGCAGCCAAAAUGGUGAUAGUAUUCCGGCGUCUUUGCUACACAUGAAAGGCUGGGUUAAAAUUCCCCGACCUGGAAAAGCCACCUGCUGGGAGCGCAAGUAUAUGAAGCUAAUGGGUACUAAACUUUGUAUUUACGACCAUGAACCUUCCUCGGAUAACAUGCAACCGACCGACACUUUUGAUUUGCGGCCAACUGACGGUAGCACUGUUGCCAUACACAGUGCUGUGGCGCAAUCAGAAGUCUUUGCCACUGCCAAAACAGACGUGCCAUACAUGUUCAUGAUUGAAUCAGUUCCACUUACGACCUGCUGGCCCGGCCGUACUUUGUUGGUUCUGGCUCUCAAUUUCCAGCACAAAAAAGCCUGGGUGAGUGCUCUUGAAGCCGUCACUCAAGCAGAAUCCAAUCGGCAAUCAGCGAUUCAAGCGCACCGCAAACCCAAAUUAGUUUUGCGAUUGGAAAACCCGCUCGACGUCAACUGCAUCGUCCCAAUCAGCGAAGGAGUCUUACUCAUUGGAGCCAAGGAAGGUUUGUUUAGUUACCGCCCCCAGAGUAGCCGCAAAGAUCUUGUGAAGAUUGAAGGUGUUACCAACGUCCAGCAAAUCGUCCUAGUUCCAAAACUAAGCGCUGUCCUGAUGAUCGUUGGCGUUGAUCGUCAACUGGUUUUGACAGAAUUGCGCGUUUUACAGGGAUGCGCAGAUACCAUACAAAUCGCUCAGCCGACUUUAGAAGUGGAAGUUGUUCCGAAUUGCGAUGACUGUCAUUUGUUUGACAUAUCAACUUUGGAAAAGGAUGAUAUUUUCCUUUGCGCGGCUACGCAAGAUCGCGUUAAAUUGUUCAAAUGGAACAGCAACAAUAGCGCCUUUGUUUUGCGAAAAGAACUCAUCGUAUCGGAAACGUGUAGCUGCAUCUAUUUUACCGAGCAUUCAGUGCUGGUCGGUUGCGAUCGUUUCUACGAAGUCGAUUUGAGCAACUAUUCGGCCGAAGAAUUCCUGGAUGCCUCAGAUGCUUCAUUGGCGUAUGUGGUCUUUGGUCUAAAACAAGUCCACAGCUUCCCUGUAGCGAUAUUGGAUGUGACACCGCGAAGAGGCGAAACCGAAUUUCUCUUGUGUUACCACGAGUUUGGAAUCUUCGUCGAUGGAUAUGGAAGACGAAGUCGCAAAGAGGAUGUCAAAUGGACUCGAUUGCCGUUGGCAUUUGCCUAUCGAGGGCCUUAUCUCUUUGUGCUGCAUUUCAACUCGGUGGAGGUAAUGCGUCUUACUUCGACCUCCUUCCGAGGACAAUCCAAAUCCGAUCAACCUGCGAGUCCCAACGACAGCGAAAUCAGCCAAGAGAGUAUCGCUCCUCCCCCCAGUGUGUUCAUCGAUAUGCCAAGUCCACGCUACUUAGGGCCGGCGCCCACUCCCGGUUCCAACUAUUUCUUCAGCAAUGAUAAUAAGGUGAUGGAUAUUGUCCAGCUCGAAGCCCCAGUCGUUCUCGGAGAAACCGAUGGAGCCUAUCCAGUUCACCUUGACGAUAUCAGCUUUAGCGGUUCGGAAUUCAGCAUUACACCUUCCAUUGCCAAAAUUCUGGACCAAUCGGACGACUCGACUGAAAGUUCUGGUGUAGGGAACUCAAACAAUUUGCCCUUCAAGCGGAUUACGUCUGCCUCUGAAGCCAACACGAAAAACAAACGCGUAAAAUUUGAGAGCGAUCUUUAAGUGGAUUUCGCGUGUAAACGUGUUCUUCGCAAUAACUAGUGUCGUAACUUUCAAGUAAAAAAAAAUGCGAGAGCCUGACAUAA